AUGAAAGAUUGCUUAAUGUUACAACAUUUGGACUUGUCCAAGAAUUCUUUGAGCGGACAGAUUCCAGGUGAGUUGUUUGGGAUGAAACAAUUACUAAAUUUGUAUCUUAAUGGUAACAUGUUGUCUGGUGAGAUGCCAAAACAAAUAUCAUCUCAACUGGAAAAUCGUGAUCUUUCUGAGAAUCACUUGAACGGUUCGAUACCAGAAGAUAUUGGAAACUUGAAAAAUCUUGUGAAAUUGGAUCUGUCACAUAAUUCUCUCAGUGGUUCAAUUACAAGCAAGUUGUUUCAGUUGCAUGAUUUGCGUCACCUGUCGCUAAGUUCCAACUACUUGUCCAGUGUGAUACCUGAUGAAAUGGACUUGUUUAGUUUGUAUGAUAUGGAUCUUUCACAUAACCAAUUGAACUGCUCUUCAACUUUUAUUUCACAUAACGAAAUAAAACAACCCUUAGGCACUGCUGAACUGCUCUUCAACUUCUAUAACUGGUUCACUAGAAACUGGAACUUGACUACUUGA